UCGGCUCGCCAGAGACUCCCAGACAGCUCGCAGCAAAGCGCGACAGCGACCAUGCGGACAGCGGCGGUUGUGGCUGUAGUGGCAGUGCUGGCGGCAGCCGUGUGGGCUGCUGAGGAGGCGGAGGCCACCAAGGACAAGAACCAGACUAAGCGCGGCGUCUUCGGCCUGGGAGGCGGAUACGGCGGCGACUUCGGCAGCUACGGAGGCGGCUACGGUGGCGGCUACGGUGGCGGCUACGGUGGCGGCUUGGGAGGCGGCUACGGAGGCGGCUACGGAGGCGGCUACGGUGGCGGCUACGGUGGCGGCUUGGGAGGCGGCUACGGUGGCAGCUACGGAGGCGGUUACGGAGGCGGCUACGGAGGCGGCUACGGCGUAUUCGAUCUCGGCGAGCACGUCAGCAAGACAGUGACGGUGCACAAGAAGAUCGGGGUGCCUCUUCCUCACCCCGUACCGGUCCACGUCCCUGUGGAGCGGCCAGUGCCCGUACCGGUAGAGAAGCCCGUGCCGGUUCCCGUUAAGGUGGCGGUAGACAGGCCCAUCCCGGUGCCUGUGGAGAAGCCCUUGCCCUACCCCGUCGAACACCCCGUUCCCGUGCCCGUCAAGGUCCCCGUCGACCGUCCCUACCCCGUGCACGUUCCCGUCGAGAAGGAGGUGCCCGUCCCGGUAGAGGUUAAGGUGCCCGUACCGUCCCCGUACCCAGUCCCCGUGCCCAAGCCGUACCCGGUCUACAUCGAGAAGAAGGUGCCAGUGCGCGCGCCCUACCCUGUCGAGGUGAAGGUGCCGGUACCUGCUCCUUACCCGGUGCACGUGAAGGUGCCGGUCGCCGUGCCCGUGGACAGGCCGUACCCGGUGCACGUGAAGGUACCCGUCGACAGGCCGUACCCCGUGCACAUCCCGCAGCCGGUUGCCGUGCCAGUCGAGAAGCCGGUACCAGUCCCGGUCGAGAAGCCAGUAGCUGUACCAGUCAACGUACCUGUAGACAGGCCGUACCCGGUACCUGUGGCCAAGCCCUACCCCGUGCCUGUGGAGAAACCGGUGCCCGUGCCCGUCGUACACCCCGUGGGCUACCCUGUGGAGAGGCCCGUUCCUUACCCGGUCAAGGUUCCCGUAGAUCGGCCGUACCCAGUACCUGUAGCCAAGCCGUACCCGGUCCCGGUGGCCAACCCGGUGCCGUACCCUGUGGAGAAGCCUGUGCCAGUUCCAUUCAAGGUGCCAGUGGAGCACCCAGUGGCUGUACCCUACCCGGUCAAGGUUCCGGUACCCGUUCACAUCAAGGAUCAUCACUACCACUGAUCUCGGCAGCCGCUGCUAGAACCCAUUAGGCUUUCACAGGGGCUUCACUCCCCAGACAGCCCACAGCUGUUUGUGGGGGACGUGUGUCGCCGACCACGCCGUUGCUUCUCUCUGCACUGCUUAACCAAAGAUGAGCACGUUAUCGGUGCUGCAACGAGGUCCAUAUACUCUGACCACUACUUCAGGGAAAAUACUCCUUCAGUCCAUGUCUACAGAAUCCAUGCCUAUCUAGAUUAAAUUUUCAGGCAAAUACCUCCAAACAUGGAUCGGAAGAACGAAGACAAGCUGUCAGGUCAGAGAGGAGCAUCACACAACGGUUCGGUCGUCAGAUUUGCGUAGCCCCAUACACUCUGUACCUACCACGCUCACUUUCUCAUUCUUGUCAGGGUUAUCAUCGUAUUUGUACUAUACACGUGUCUCUGUGCAUACCUCCACCGCAUUUAUAUUUAAUAUAUUUGUACACUUUUUUAUACUUUUGUGCAAUAAAGUAUCAUGUUUAUAAA